GCGGGGCUCAGGUGCCGAGCAGCGCGGCCCGGGCCAGACGGGGGAGGGGGCGAACUGCGGGGCGGGGCAGGGGCAGCGGCGAGGAGGGGGUUACGCCGGCGACGUCGGCAGCGCGAGGCUUCGCGCGUGAGCGGCGCGGUCGCUGGGCCUGGCUACCGAGCUUUCCUGACGGGCGAGCAGGUCCUCGACACCGGCGCCUAGCGGAGCGCGGGGAGGAGGGAGGUUUUGGUGUCAGCGGUGUAGUUGACGGCAGUCGCGGCCAUGGAAGAGACGCAGCCGCUUCCGCAGUCCGAGCUGCCACUGUGCGACAGCCUCAUCAUCUGGCUGCAGACAUUCAAUACUGCUGCACCUUGUCAGGAUGUGAAACAGCUGACUAAUGGAGUUGCCAUGGCACAAGUUCUUCAUCAAAUUGAUGUAGCUUGGUUCAAUGAAUCUUGGUUAAGCCGAAUUAAAGAGGAUAUCGGUGACAACUGGCGAAUAAAGGCUAGUAAUUUAAAGAAGGUACUUCAAGGAAUUAUGGGUUAUUACAAUGAGUUUUUGGGACAACAGAUUUCUGAAGAACUUAUCCCUGAUUUAAACCAAAUAACUGAAUGUUCAGAUUCUGUGGAGCUUGGGAGGUUGCUCCAGCUUAUUUUAGGUUGUGCUGUCAACUGUGAAAAGAAGCAAGAACAUAUUCAAAAUAUAAUGACACUGGAAGAGUCUGUUCAACAUGUGGUCAUGACUGCCAUUCAAGAGUUGAUGAGUAAAGAAAUAGUGAGCUCUCCUACAAAUGAUGCUGUUGGAGAAUUAGAGCAACAGCUUAAAAGGGCCCUGGAAGAUCUUCAGGAAGCACUAGCAGAAAAAGAAGAACUGAGGCAAAGAUGCCAAGAACUAGAUAUGCAGGUGACAGCACUUCAAGAUGAAAAGAAUUCACUAGUUUCUGAGAAUGAGAUGAUGAAUGAAAAACUUGACCAGUUGGAUGGCUCUUUUGAUGAUCCAAAUACAAUGGUUGCAAAAAAGUAUUUUCAUGCACAGUUGCAACUAGAACAAUUACAGGAAGAAAACUUCAGGCUCGAAGCUGCAAAAGAUGAUUACCGUGUUCACUGUGAAGAACUUGAAAAGCAAUUAAUUGAAUUUCAACAUAGGAAUGAUGAGUUGACUAGUCUUGCUGAGGAAACAAGAGCCCUGAAAGAUGAAAUAGAUGUUCUUAGGGCUACCUCUGAUAAAGCAAAUAAACUGGAGUCAACAGUUGAGAUAUAUCGUCAGAAGCUCCAAGACCUGAAUGACCUUCGCAAGCAGGUGAAAACUUUACAGGAAACAAACAUGAUGUAUAUGCAUAAUACAGUCAGCCUAGAAGAAGAAUUAAAGAAGGCAAAUGCAGCACGUACACAAUUAGAAACAUACAAGAGACAGGUUCAGGAUCUUCACGUUAAACUUUCCUCUGAAACCAAAAGGGCGGACACACUAGCAUUUGAAAUGAAGCGGCUUGAAGAAAAACACGAAGCUUUACUUAAGGAAAAAGAGAGACUAAUAGAACAGCUUGAUACUCUGAAAGAAACAAAUGAAGAGCUUCGAUGUUCACAAGUACAACAGGAUCACCUAAACCAAACAGAUGCAUCUGCUACAAAAAGCUAUGAGAAUCUUGCUGCUGAGAUUAUGCCAGUGGAAUAUAGGGAGGUGUUUAUUCGACUGCAACAUGAAAAUAAGAUGCUUCGAUUACAGCAGGAAGGUACUGAGAAUGAACGUAUUGAAGAACUUCAGGAACAGCUGGAACAGAAGCACCGCAAGAUGAAUGAAUUGGAAACUGAGCAGAGGCUGAGCAAAGAACAAAUUCGAGAACUGCAGCAGCAGAUUGAGGACCUCCAGAAGUCUUUGCAAGAACAAGGCUCCAAGUCUGAAGGAGAAAGUUCCAGCAAACUAAAGCAGAAGUUGGAAGCUCAUAUGGAAAAACUAACGGAGGUCCAUGAAGAAUUACAGAAGAAACAAGAGCUCAUUGAAGACCUCCAGCCAGAUGUAAACCAGAAUGUACAAAAGAUCAACGAACUUGAAGCUGCUCUUCAGAAGAAAGAUGAAGAUAUGAAAGCAAUGGAGGAAAGAUACAAAAUGUACUUAGAGAAAGCAAGAAAUGUAAUAAAAACUUUAGACCCCAAAUUAAAUCCAGCAUCAGCUGAAAUAAUGCUACUUAGAAAGCAGUUGGCAGAGAAAGAGAGAAGAAUUGAGAUUCUGGAGAGUGAGUGUAAAGUAGCAAAAUUCCGUGAUUAUGAAGAAAAACUCAUUGUUUCUGCCUGGUAUAAUAAGAGUCUAGCAUUCCAGAAAUUAGGGAUGGAAUCUAGACUCGUGAGCGGCAGUGGUGCUUACAGAGACACGGGGGCUUGUGCUCCUGCCCGGUCUUUCCUAGCACAGCAGCGGCACAUCACCAGCACCAGAAGAAAUCUCUCUGUUAAAGUUCCUGCUACGACAUCUGAUUAAACUGCAAAAGAACACAUAAACAGAAGUGCCCUUAAAAUAUUUUGUAUCUUUCAACUAACUACCAGGUUGGAAAAGAAGUGUAUGAUUCUGGAUAUCAGCUAUUUUAAAAUCAAAAUGCAUAAAAUUAGUCUUGCCAGCUGAUUUUGAAAACAGAAUGUGAAAUUAGCUAUCUGGGGAAGCAUGUGUGAAUAAAUGGAAGAUAUAAUAAGGCAAAAAUCUCAAACAUUUGUCUUUUGAGAGUAUUAUAUUAUUUCAAAUUGACUUUGUAUAUUUUAGUUUAAUGUUUUCGGUUGGACCAGUAACUAAUUUGCAAUGUGUAAUCGGUAAUACGUAAUCUAAAAAUACAUCUAUUUUAGUGUUUUGGUAUAAAAAUAGUUGUGAAAAAAAAAAACAGUUGUGAGGUAGGCACGUGGAGAAC